UUUGUUUCAUAUGGACUUUCAUUAUUAAGGUGGAUCCUUUAUGCUAUCACCGCAUAUUGUAGAAAUGCUGCCCAGCCCGCAUGAAAUAACUUAGAAAGCAAGUUCCCCGAACCAAACGGUCGCGUAGACUUCACUGAUACAGAACCACUGCACAAGCCUUCUGUGCUGGUGUUCUUGUCUGCACCACAAACUUCUCAAGAGAGAGAGCCAUGGAUGUGUUCUUGAACUUCUGUCAUAAGGACACGGGAAAGCGCUUCACAGCCCAUCUCAACAACGCUCUCAAACAAUCAGGUCUUUCAACUUCCUUCUUCUUUCAACAACAACAAGAUGGUGAUGAUAGUACGAAAAUAGGGGAGAUCAUAUUACCCCGUGAUACGCAGAGAGCCAUUGAAAAUUCUCAGGUUUUUAUAUGUAUAUUUUCCCGCAAUUACGCUUCCUGUGUCUCCUGCCUUGAGGAGCUAUCUUUUGUGGUGAGGUUGGAGGGGAGGACAAUUCUUUCUGUGUUUUACCAUGUCGAGCCUUCUCAUGUCGGAUGGCAAGCAGGGGUCUUUAAGGCGGCUUUCGAGGAUCAUGAAAUUAGGUAUGAUGGGGAGAGAGUGGAGAGGUGGAGAAAUUCUCUCAAAGAAGUUGGCAAAUUUUCUGGUUGGGAUCUUGGAGACGGGAAUGAGGCAGAUCUGAUCAGCGAAGUUGUUAAAAAUGUUCAAGCCAAGUUGAAUUAUGCACCAAUGCAUGUUGCUGAUCAUAUUAUUGGACUUGAUUCUCGGGUUGAUGAUGUGAUGAGACUCCUAGAUGUCAAUGCUGACGAUGUUAGGAUGAUUGGGAUACAUGGGAUGGGGGGGCUUGGUAAGACUACUCUUGCCAAGGCAGUAUACAACAAAAUAUAUACCAAUUUUGAGGGCUCGUGUUUCCUAUCAGAUAUCAGAGAUGCUUCACGAUCAGAUCUUGGACUUGUCAAAUUGCAGAAGCAACUACUGCUUGACUUGUUUCAUGAAGAAGACUCAAAUGUAAAUGACGUUGAUAGAGGUAUCAUCAUUAUCCGGAGUAGAAUCAGGUCUAAGAAAGUCCUUCUUGUAUUGGAUGAUGUUAAUCAUGAAAGGCAGCUGGAGAAAUUAGCAGGUAAACGGGACUGGUAUCGUGAUGGAAGUAAGGUUAUCAUCACUACCAGGGAUGAGCAUGUACUGAAUGUGCAUAAAGUGGAUAAGCAUCAUAUCUACAAGCUCAAAGAAUUAGAUCCUAGCCAAUCCCUUCAACUCUUUAGCAGGCAUGCAUUUGAGAUGGAUCAACCUAUUGAAGGCUACAUGAAGCUCUCGGAGAAUGUGGUAUCUACUACAGGAGGGCUACCCCUGGCCCUUGAAGUAUUGGGAUCACACUUUUCUGUUAUGACAACCUUGGAGGAAUGGGAAGAUACAGUGAGACAUUUGAAAAAUAUUCCUGACGAUGAUGUCGUAGAGAAGUUGAAGAUAAGCUAUGAUGGCCUAAUUAAAGAAGAGCAGCAAAUAUUUCUUGAUAUUGCAUGCUUCUUCAUAGGAAUAGACAAAGAUUAUGCCACUGAUAUAUGGAAAGGUUGUGGUCUUCCCAAUUCAAUUAGAAAACUCUUGCAAAAGUCGCUUAUCAAGAUUGAUGAUGAGAAUAGGUUGCUAAUGCACGACCAACUUCGUGACAUGGGGAGACGUAUUGUUCAAUUAGAAAACCUGGAUGACCCUGGCAGGCGUAGUAGGUUGUGGUGUCAUGAUGUUGUCUUCAAUGUGUUAAAGAAUUGCAAGGGGACUAGAAAGGUUCGAGGCCUAAUACUCAAUGAAAUUCCAUUAGAGGAGAGGCAGUGGGAAACCGAAGCAUUUAAACCAAUGACCAAUCUGAAACUACUUAGUGUUAAUCAUACAUUUCUUGAAGGUUGUUUCAAAGUUCUUCCGUCAGAAAUAAUAUGGCUACAAUGGCAAGGGUGCCCGUUAGGGUACCUCCCAGAUGAUUUUAAUCAUGAAAAGCUUGUUGUCCUUGAUUUGUCACACAGCCCGAGCAUGCGGGUAUUGCAGGACCCAUCUCAAAAUAAGACAAUUUCUUCUCAACAGGUGGUUCAAAAGUUGAAGGUUCUUCAUCUGAAUGGCUGCUCUAACUUAAUCAGAACUCCCAAUUUUUCUCGAUAUGCAAGCUUGGAGAAGUUGAAUCUUGAAGGAUGUGUGAUGCUGGCUGAGGUUCAUGACUCCAUUCACGUUCUUGGGAAAUUAAUUAAUCUGAACUUGAAGUACUGUUUCCUCCUCAAGGAACUGCCAAGCAGUAUUUCAGGGCUGCAUUCUCUUGAAAAGCUUCUUCUGUCUUAUUGUUUAAGACUUAGCAAGUUACCAGAACAGUUGGGUUCCUUAAAAUCAUUAUCAGAGCUUAUCCUUGAUGGAACUACCAUAGAACAACUACCAAAAUCUAUUGGAUCAUUAAAAAGACUUCGAAAACUCUCUCUACUUUCUUGUAUGUCCCUUAAAGUAUUGCCUAUCUCAAUUGGUGAAUUGGAAUCACUACAAGAGCUUUGGUUGGAUGGGACUGCAGUGAGCGAACUACCCAACACCAUAGGUUCACUAAAAAAGCUCAAAAUCCUGAGUGCAUCAUGCCAAUCACUUAAUGCAUUGCCCAACACAAUUGGAGGUCUAGAGUCUCUGUCAGAUCUCUUAUUGGAAAGUACAUCACUUACUGAGCUACCAAGUUCAAUAGGGAAACUUUCAAAUUUGAAGCGGUUAUGGGUUACUGGUUGUCAAUCACUUGGUAGAAUACCCGAGUCAGUUGGGGGACUAAAUAUUCUUGCUGAGCUCCGUUUGGAUAGGACAAACAUGAUUGGGUUGCCUGAUUCUGUUGUAGAUCUUAGUGGGCUUGAGGAGCUAGAUAUAAGGGGUGGCGUUUUUUUCAAGAGGUUACCUGAUUCAAUUGGAAAUUUGAGUAACCUUUCUACCCUUCUCCUUGAUAACACUAUCAUAACGGUACUACCUACUUCAAUAGGAUUUUUGGUGAACCUUAAGAAGCUGUCCAUGAGCAAGUGCAGGGAACUCAGUAAAUUGCCAGCUUCAAUGGGAAACUUGAAGUCUCUGCAACAUUUAAAUGUGGAGGAAACUCCUAUAGUAGAAUUACCUGAUGACGUUGGACUGCUUUCUAACCUGGUUGUUUUGGAAAUGGCACACUGUCGACACCUCAGAGAGCUCCCUGUAAGCUUUGGCAGCCUUAAGUGUUUAAGGACUCUCAAAAUUCAAUACAAUUGUGAGUUGACAAGGCUUCCAUCUAGUUUCUCCAGUCUUUGUUCCCUGGAGGAAUUGGAUGCAGAUCAUUGUAAUCUCCAAGGGGUGAUUCCAGACGAUUUUGAAAACUUUUCGUCAUUGACAACCUUGAACCUAAGCUACAACAUAUUCCAAAACCUGCCCAAAAGUAUGAGUGGCCUUUCUCAGCUUAAAAAACUAUCCUUAUCUCAUUGUACGCAGUUGUUGGAGAUCCCUGAGCUCCCCACCAGUUUGGCUUUCCUAGAUGCUGUGAACUGCACAAAUAUGGAAAAGUUGCCUGACCUCUCUUGCCUUUCUAAACUACGAGAAUUGUAUCUCACAAAUUGUGAGAGGCUAAUCGACAUACAAGGUCUGAAUGGGUUGACAUCCUUGGAAGACUUGUACUUAAACGGGUGUGGCUCUUAUGUAUCAAAUAGUCCAGGUCUAGGAAAGGAAACAUUUAUACAAUUACGUCAUUUUGGUGUGUCUGGAAGCAAAGUUCCAAGCUGGUUCAUGUUUCAGACACUAUCAUGCGUGAUACCGAGAGUCUCGGAUGAGGGCCUGAAGGUUAGAGGAGUGAUAUUGUGCUUGGUUUUAUCUGUUGAUAGUGAGAUGCCAAUUGAUGAUGGCCUUGACAUUCCACAUGUUCAAUUCAAGGUCAUGAAUAAUGGCAUGCAAAGGAUGAGUCCUACACUUAAGUUGGGCAACCCAAAGGCUAACCAAGACCAAGUUUAUUUAUACCAUUUUCAAGAAGAUGAUGCUCUUGUCCUUAACUUGGAAGAUGGGGAUGAAGUUAAAAUCAUAAAUAAUUGUCCACCAUUAACCCCAUCCAUUCAUAUUAAGAAAGUGGCAAUUCAUCUUGUUUACAAGCCAGAGGAUACCAAGGAUUCAAUUCAAGAGAAGCUAGCAGAGUUCUUCAAUUCAAUGGAUGCUCAUGAGGAUGCUCUUGAGAUUGUACAGUUCCACAGUUUACAGGCCCACAAUUUACAGACCUAUCAUCCUGAACGGAGGAUGCGAUCUGGUAUUUUGUUGCUGGUGGUGAUACUUUGUUGUUUCUAUUUCUGGAUGAUGUAAUGCGAUCAAGAGUUUGACACGUAACUCUGUCAAAGCAAAUCCAAGCCUGACAACGAGCGCCUUCUGUUGAACGUGCUCCCACUCGACCGGAAUUGAACUUCUGAGGUAUUCUUUAUGGGACAUAUUCACGAAGUUCACUGGGAACUGUUGUCCUUGCCAUCUUUUGUACAAAUAACCGCACUGUCCUUCAAUGACACAUCUUCAUGAAUUCUCGUAUGUUUUUAGUGGCUUUUCUGCAUGUUACUAUUUCGCUUUCAAGCAUUAAUAAGAGAAUUAAUGGUGGCAACCUUUCCAUCUAAAACA